GAAAUCCACACAACAAAAAGUAAAACCGAAGCCGACCAAGAACCUUCAAAAACCCACCACCCUCCUCCUCUCUCUCUCUCUCUCUCUGUCUCUGUGUGGAAUUUGCCUGUCCACGAAGGAAUGCGAUUACUGCAGUUUGAUUUCCCACUUAUGUGUUAAUUUUCUCAGUGGCUGUGAUUCAAAGGUGGAGACUUUGCGGUGGAAGCACGUUCACAGUAGCGUGAGUUCUUGGGUUUAUUGGAAGGAGGGAGAAAAGAAAGAAUUAUGCUUUCUUUAAGUGAAAUUUGAAGCAAUUCGAUCACGUUCUGAUUCGACUUCCCCGAUCCAUAAAAACCCUGGUUUUUAUUCUUUCCUAAGUUCAUUAUUUCUUCAGAUUUAGGGGGUUUUAGCAGCCAAAUUGUGAAGUUAAAUCUCGAGGUUAUUGCAUUGUUGUUUGUGGGCGAUAUAAAUGGCUACACUUGGAGAUUUAGGGGUUGGAGCGGGCAUCAAUAUUCUCAGCGCGCUCAUUUUCUUUCUGGUGUUUGCCUUUCUUAGGCUUCAACCCCUCAACGACAGGGUCUACUUUCCCAAAUGGUAUUUGAAGGGAUUAAGGGAGAGUCCCACUCAUUCUGGCGCGUUUGUGCGCAAGUUUGUCAAUCUCGACUUCAGGUCAUACUUAAGGUUCUUGAAUUGGAUGCCAGCUGCGCUGAGGAUGCCGGAACCAGAGCUUAUUGAUCAUGCAGGAUUAGAUUCUGCAGUUUACUUGCGGAUAUACUUGAUAGGGCUUAAAAUCUUUGUUCCUAUAGCACUCCUUGCAUGGGCUGUUUUGGUACCGGUCAACUAUACAAAUAUCACUUUGGAUCUAGAAAAGAUAAAGAAUGUUACUUCAAGUGACAUUGAUAAGCUCUCAAUUUCAAAUGUCCCAGAUGAAUCGCCCAGAUUCUGGAGUCAUAUAGUGAUGGCCUAUGCCUUUACCAUUUGGACAUGCUACGUGCUGCUGAAGGAGUAUGAGAAAGUUGCCAAUAUGAGGCUGCAUUUUCUUGCAGCAGAAGAACGCCGACCAGAUCAGUUUACGGUCCUUGUUCGAAAUGUUCCACCAGAUUCCGACGAAUCUACAAGUGAGCUUGUGGAGCACUUUUUUCUUGUCAACCAUCCAGAUCACUAUCUUACACAUCAGGUGGUAUACAAUGCCAACUCACUUGCGAAAUUGGUAAAGAAGAAGAAAAAGAUGUUGAACUGGCUUGUCUACUAUCGAAAUAAGCUUUCUAGAAGUAAAACCGCAACAAGACCCUUAAAGAAGACUGGUUUUCUUGGGCUCUGGGGAAAAAAAGUUGAUGCAAUUGAACAUUAUGAAACUGAGAUUGAGAAAUUGACAAAUCAAAUAGCUGAAGAAAAAGAGAGGGUUGCUCAUGAUCCGAAGUCUAUCAUGCCAGCUGCCUUUGUUUCCUUUAAAACUCGAUGGGGUGCCGCUGUUUGUGCACAAACUCAGCAAUCCAGAAACCCAACUAUUUGGUUAACCGAGUGGGCUCCAGAGCCACGUGAUGUAUAUUGGCCAAACCUGGCAGUUCCAUAUGUACAACUCACAGUCAAGAGGCUUAUUAUGGGUGUGGCAUUCUUUUUUCUCACCUUCUUUUUCAUGAUCCCCAUUGCAAUCGUACAGUCUUUUGCAAGCCUCGAGGGAAUUGAGAAAGCAGCUCCAUUCCUAAAGCCCGUUGUAGAAGCGAAAUUCAUUAAGUCAGUCAUUGCAGGUUUUCUACCCGGAAUUGCGCUGAAGUUAUUUCUAAUUUUUCUACCAAAGAUAUUGAUGAUCAUGGCGAAAUUUGAGGGCUAUCCAUCUAAGUCUUCUCUUGAACGGAGAGCAGCAUCGAGAUACUAUCUCUUCUCUCUGGUGAAUGUAUUCCUUGGGAGCAUUAUUGCUGGAACUGCAUUUGAACAGCUAGAUUCUUUCAUUCACCAAUCAGCAACCGAGAUUCCAAAAACAAUUGGUGUUGCUAUCCCAAUGAAAGCAACUUUCUUUAUCACGUAUAUAAUGGUUGAUGGAUGGGCCGGUAUUGCUGCAGAGAUUUUGAUGUUGAAACCGCUGAUAAUAUACCACUUGAAGAAUUUCUUCCUGGUGAAGACUGACAAGGAUAGGGAGGAGGCCAUGAAUCCAGGAAGUAUUGGUUUCAACACCGGAGAGCCUCGUAUUCAGUUAUAUCUCCUACUCGGCCUUGUGUAUGCUACGGUGACACCAACCUUACUUCCGUUCAUAAUAAUUUUCUUUGGCCUGGCUUAUGUGGUUUUCCGUCAUCAGAUCAUAAAUGUGUAUAACCAGGAGUAUGAGAGCGCUGCGGCAUUCUGGCCUGAUGUCCAUGGUCGUAUUAUCACUGCAUUGAUCAUCUCACAACUCCUCUUGUUUGGGCUGUUGAGUACAAAAAAGGCUGCUCAGUCAACGCCGUUUCUCAUUGCGCUUCCAGUACUGACCUUAUGGUUCCAUAGGUAUUGCAAAGGUCGUUUCGAACCUGCAUUCAAGAGAUACCCAUUACAGGAAGCAAUGAUGAAAGAUACACUGGAACAAGCAAGAGAACCGAACUUGAAUUUGAAAGGCUAUCUUCAGAGCGCGUAUAUCCAUCCGGUUUUCAAGGAGUGUGACGACGAAGAAGACCAUGAAUCGUUUGAAAAGGGUGAAACUGAGAGCGUGAUUGUGGCCACAAAACGGCAUUCCCGGAGGAACACCCCAGCGCCUAGCAGAAUGACCGGUGGAUCCUCGCCGACAAUGCCUGAUGUUGAAGAACUUGCACAGCCGUAAAUUCCAAGUUGGAAACGUAGAUGUUAGCUGUAAAUUUGACCAGUACAGUGUCUGUACGAGUGGAGGAUAAUGGCGUUGUAAAUCAAAAGAGCUGAUAACGAUGCACCGGGAGGAAGGAGAGAGAGAGUCCCGAGUUUUUGUUGCUCGUUGUGCAAAGGAAGAAGACGAACGGGAAGACUGUAGGACAAUGUAGUUUGGUUUUUGCAGCGUCUUUUUUGUGUUGACAUAUUGUGUAGUUCGUGAAAUUAUGCUUUUUGAAAUGGUUUGUAUAUUGACAGAUGUUAGUUGAAAUAUCAUGGAAGUGAAAGGAAGCGUUUUCUUUA